AUGGCGGAGCGUGAGCGCAAGAAGGAAGAGGUGCGUAAGCGUCUCGAGGAGGCUUCCAGAAUGAAGAAGGCCAAGAAAGGAUUCUUGACACCAGAGAGAAAGAAGAAGCUUCGUAAGCUUUUGAUGAUGAAGGCCGCUGAGGAUUUGAAACAACAGCAGAUGUUGAAGGAGCAAGAGAGACAACGUAUCCUUCAAGAGAGAAUCAUUCCACUUCCAGAUUUGGAUCAUGAAGAUGACCUCGAGGCAGUCUACGAAGAGAUCCGUGAGAGACUCAUCGAGUUGGAAUCGGAGAACUACGACGUCAGCUACAUCGUUCGUCAAAAGGAUUUCGAGAUCAACGAGUUGACAAUUGCUGUCAACGAUCUUCGCGGAAAAUUCGUAAAACCAACAUUGAAGAAGGUGUCGAAGACCGAAGGAAAGUUCGACAAACUGAAGAAGAAGGAGACCGCCAAAGUCGAUUUCCGUGCUCAACUCAAGGUUGUCGACAAGAACGAAUUCGCGAUGGACGAGGAAGAUACAGAGAAGAAGGAGAAGGCCACAUGGGCAAAGUAA